UGUCCAAAAUUCGAAUUCCUCAUUUAGGCGAGUGCAUCGUUCUUUGGCCAAACAGGAUAAUCUUAGUGAAAUGGUAAUCCGAAACCAAUUCAUGCGAACUGCCUUCCUCGAACAUUGAAUAUUUAGGCUUUCCCCGUUACAGAACCCAACGACUCCUUGCUAGUCACGAGAUCCUGCCAUUACAUCCUGAAUCACAUUCAGCAAUAUUAAAUUAAUUAACCGUUUAAUGACUGCAUUUCAUAGUCAAUUAUUUAAGGACUGGCGAUUUAUCGCCCAUCAAUUUGUACUGGCGCCAAACCCCGUGAGAAUUACGACCAGAGAGUUCUUUUUUUUUUUCAGCUGAACGCUUAAGGCCAUAUUCUCUGAGGAGAGGAUGGGGUUUUCUGGUAUAAAUAGGCUUGACCUUUGUCAAGUGUCCGUACCGCACAUGUGGCAUAUGUCUGCCUGGUUAUGGGGAAUGCCUUUCCUAACUGUAGCUGCAGUUCAGCAUUUUAUACCCCGAAAAUGGGCAGUUUGAUAGAAGUGACAAUUUGGAAUGAAGACCCUCCCUCAUUGGAUUCGAAAUGUGUCCCUGAAACCAGAGCCACGUCCGUAUCAAUGGAGGUCUUGGCUGUGCUUCUGGUGACUGCUGUCACAGUUGCUGCAUUUCUCUUUGUGUUCUGUCGAGACCCGAAGAGAGCUCGCUUUGUGCACCUCAUGGAGAAGCUGCCUGGCCCCUUUGCAUACCCUGUAUUUGGUACCGUGCUGCCAUUCUUGUUUCUUUCACGGCCCCAGAGAUUCAAACUGUUGGAGCAGCGAAUCAGGACGUACCAGCCACUCUGCCGUUCAUGGCUUGGGUCCAAAGCCAUAGUUAAUGUUACACAUCCAGAACAUGCCCAGGUACUAUUAAACACCAUCAGGCAUAUGGAGAAAUCAUUCACUUACAAGUUCCUGCACCCUUGGCUGGGAACUGGGCUGCUGACAGCAUCAGGUCAGAAGUGGCACACACACAGGAAGAUCAUUACACCAACCUUCCACUACAGUAUUCUAGACAGCUUUGUAGACGUGUUCUCUGAGAAGAGCAAAAUUCUAGUGAGCAAAUUGCGGAAGGAGGUCGGAUCUGAGGGCUUCGAUGUAUAUCCAUAUAUCACUCGUUGUGCCUUGGACAUCAUUUGUGAGACUGCAAUGGGGACCCCAGUUCACGCUCAGGAAGAUCUGGAGUCCACGUAUGUCUCCGCUGUGUAUGGUCUCAGUGAGCUGACGCUGCAGCGAAUGGUGUACCCGUGGCUUCAUCCACAGUCUUUAUUCCAGCUGAGUUCACAGGGCAGGAAGUAUAAGAAAUGUGUUACAUUGCUACAUGACUUCACAAACAAGGUCAUCAAGGAAAGGAAGUCUCACCGUGCAACUAUGAGGCCUAAGGCAGCAGAAAAGAGCAUCAGUGAAGAUGAGGAACUGGGCAAGAAGAGGCGUGUCGCUUUCUUGGACAUGCUGCUAGAUGCGUCUGAAGGUGGAACAAAGUUAACAGAUGAGGAGAUAGGGGAAGAAGUUGACACAUUCAUGUUUGAGGGUCAUGAUACAACAAGUGCUGGGAUAUCCUGGACGCUGUAUUUGCUGGGCCUGCAUCCCGAUGUGCAGGAUAAGGUAUACCAGGAGCAGAAGAGCAUCUUCCAGGGGUCAGACCGUACUGUCACCACGAAGGACCUCAGCGAAAUGAAGUACCUUGAGAGGGUCAUCAAAGAGUCCCUGAGAUUGUACCCAAGCGUUCCUGGUAUUGGAAGAACAUUGAAUGAAGAUGUUCAGAUGGGUGAAUUCACAAUACCUGCCGGUUGUACAGUGCAUCUCCACAUAUACUUCCUCCAUCGGAACCCAGACCAGUUCCCCAACCCUGAGAAGUUUGACCCUGACAACUUCCUGCCAGAGAGGGUAGCAAAGAGACACCCCUAUGCCUACAUCCCCUUCAGUGCUGGUCCCAGGAACUGCAUAGGUCAGAAGUUUGCCCUGCUUGAAGAGAAGACUGUCUUGUCCUACAUACUGCGUCACUACAGACUACGUGCGCUUGAAAGCAGGGAGGACAUUAAGCCAGUAGCAGAUCUAGUAUUGAGACCAGAAAAUGGAAUAAAGUUGAAUAUAUCUCUGAGGGAUGCAGGGUUGAAGUGAGUGUUGCUAGCUAGCUUUCCUCACAGAGUCUUCGUAGUUCAUAGGAUGUUGCACAAGCCAAUCAUAAUUUGAUUUACUUGCGCAGUGCAGUGCCCAUGAUUUUGAGCUUAUGUUAUACUCUAUUCUUUCUAUGGCACAAACUGCAGGGAUGAUCUAACAUAAUGUUUGUAUUUUAAUUUGUAUAAACAGAUUGUGAUGAAUUAAAAUGAACAUAAGGCAUA